AUGGACACAGCCAUCAAGAAAAGCAACGUCAUCACUCAGAUCGUACGGCUAAGACAAGUCGUCCGCCGCUGGAAAAACAACAGCCUUAAGCGGUGGACGCACUACUCCUCCUCCUCAGAUUCCGACGAACCGGCCGGUUCAAACCGCACCCCUUCCGGCUCAUUAGCCGUCUACGUGGGCCCAGAACGCCGCCGGUUCGUGAUCCCCACCCGGUUCCUGAACUUGCCAGUCUUCGUUGACAUCCUGCGCGAGGCGGCGGAGGAAUUUGGGUUCCCCACAACCGGUGGGCUGGUUCUACCAUGUGAUGCCGGUUUUUUCAGAGAAAUCUUGAAAUUUCUUGAAAAUGACGAGGAGAAAUUUGGUGGACUAGGUUUGGACGAGUUCUUGAAGCUUUUUUCUGAAGUGGGUAUUGAAACUUUUGACCAUUUUUCUUGUAAAAAUUCUUCAUCAGUUUCUUACCACGGCUUCACUCCAUUGCUGCAGAAGACUAGGGUAGGAUAA